AUGGCAGCAGCACAAGAACUCCCUCCGGAACUCGCCCACGAGGACAAGGGGCCUAUGGUUCUGGCGGUAUGCAUCGCACUGACGUCAGUCGCUACAAUAUUCGUUGCUGCGAGACUCUAUGUCAGAUGCAGAAUACUGUCAAUGAUGGGUCUUGACGAUUGGCUGAUCAUCUUGUCAAUGAUGUGUGGCUACAUCAUGCUUGGCCUCACUAUAGCAGCUGUACAGGCUGGCAACGGGCGUCACUUCGCUCUGCUCUCCGAUGAACAGAAGUCCGGCGCAAUCUUGUACACCCUCGCAGGCUUCUGCCCCGGGAUACUCUCGUUCGCUAUUCCUAAACUAGCUGUGGUCGCGCUCCUGACGAGAAUCACCAAUCCUAGCAAGAGACACAAGAUAAUCCUGUGGAGUAUAUCUGGUGGUUGCUUGAUAAUCCUAUUCGGCUGUGUUAUUAUCAUCUUCGCGCAGUGCACGCCAACUCGAUCGCAGUGGGACUUUUCCGUCCAAGGCACCUGCUGGAGCCCAUGGAUUCUGAUAUAUUACGCCAUUGUAGCCGGAACAUUUUCCGCCAUAGUGGAUCUCUACCUCGCCAUAUAUCCCGCUAUUGUCCUUUACAAACUGCAAAUCAACUUCAAGAAAAAGGUUGUCCUUAGCGUUGCGCUUGGGCUAGGUUCCAUUGCCGCAGUUGUAGCUGUAUAUAAAUCGACUCGGCUACCUGCGCUUGCGAGCGCGGAUUUUAGCUACGAUACGGCCGAUAUUACCGUUUGGACCAGUAUCGAGGGUAAUGCUAUCAUCAUCGGCGCAUGCAUACCAACAUUACAGCCACUGUUCGACCAACUCCUUGGCCACGGCCUCUUUAGUAGUUUAGGAGGUGGGCGGGACCGAGGUGGCUACAAAUCGAAUGAUCGAUCUGGGUUGAAGCUCGCAACGAUCGGAAGCAAGACUCUUCGGUCAACAAAGCAACAUGGGAAGUCGGGUGUUUCUGAAGGGACGCUGGGACACGAUAGCCAGGACAGCAUUCUGGGCCCGAACCAUCGACCCGGCAGUGACGAGAGCCAGAAUGUCAAGCAAAGCUCCGGCAUCACGCGAACGCAGCAUCUGGUGGUCGAGUACGAGGAUGCGGGUGAGCCGGCGCGCGCGGCAAAACCAGCCUACGAUCUCGGCGAUACAUGA